AGAGAGAGAAGGAGAGAGAACAGCGGUUUAGGGCAACAGCGUUACAGAAUAUAAACUCUUAAAAAUGACGAGCAGAAAGAAGCGCUUGCCAUACAGCAGUCAUGACAGCUGGGUUGUCGUCGCUGCAGAUUCUGCCCUGGAAAAGACAAACCUACGUGAUGGCGAUCCAAUAUUCAUCAGACUCAGGAACCCAGCUACAGGUUCCGCUUCCCAAUACCUGUUCAGUAGUGGAGAUGUGCGGCUGUAUGAAGUGAAGGCGUUUGUUGAAGAUUUCCACUCUUGGUUUAUCGACCAAACAGUUCAAAGAGAUGGCAGACUGCUGUAUGUGACUCCUAUGGAUCCACUGUUCUUGCUGUUGCCUUACCUGCAGAACGGUGCAGUGCAGGAGAAGUUUCAGCCAUUGCAGCAGAUGGUCAUGGAUGAGGAUUACCCAGGGUGCACAAGAUUGCUGAAAUGCACACAGGCUCUGGACACACUUCAUCAUGUGGCAGAUGAGAGAGUGGUGGGCAGUCAGAAAUUCCACAGAUAUAACCACGAGAAGACCAUGGACUGGCUGAAGAAAAAGGUUUUGAACACAGUGAAUGCACUUAAAAAGAGUGAUAUUUCUGUAGGUGGAGGUGUGAAGUCCACCACUUUUGUGCGAGUUAAACAGGAGACAAGUGUGACUGAAGAAGAUUAUUUGAGUUAUGCUCACGGACUGAUCUCCGAAUACAUCAGUGAAGAGCUGAGCAAAGAACUGCACAAGCAUCUGCAGUUACCUGAAAUAUCAAGCCCUAAAAAGGUGGAGCCUCCUUCUAAGAAAAGGAAAUUGUCAGACAAACCAGUGGAGGCAGGGGAGGACUACACAAAGUUCAACAGUGCUGACUUCAUCCGAAAACCCCCUAAGAAGAUGACAGCUGCUCAGAAGACACUUGCUAAAGUUGACAAAACUGGCAUGAAGACCAUGUCUUCCUUCUUUAGCCCUAAAGCCAAGCAGGAAAAGAAGUGAGUGUGUUUGUAUCUGUAGGUGCUUGCAUAUGUGUAUAUUUUGUUAAUAAAGUAAAAAAGAACAA